AUGGCCGGUUCAUCCAGCCCAGAUCCGCCCCUGGCGGAUCGAGGCUUACUUGAAUACUCCCCUGGCUUACACGAGUCUCAUUCAAAUAGACCCAGCCCCAAAAGUUCUCGACAGAAUGACACUCCUGUCGUCAGGUCACCUUUUGCGGAAUCAGAGCCAGGUUUUCUCAGCCAACUGGGAAGCUCAACUACCACCAACGCCUCUCGAGAUACAGACAGCCAAUACCAUAUCAACCGGCUAGCAGGACGUGGUUCUAAGUCUCCGUUCUACCCAGCACAAAAUGAGCUAGCUUUCGAGGCCAUUGAAUCCUUCUCUUUCGCACCACAGCCAAAACACAAACCUAAUCAGUUUUCUGGUCUUCAGAAACAACGAAAUAUCGACUUCGAGGCUCUCGAAGCCCCUGUAGCUGAAACUGGGAGUCCUUCUGUUGACAGAGCGAGCCCUGAUCACGACAACCCACGUAUAGUCCGAGAAGAAGCUGCUCCUAUGAAUAAUCUUGAUCAUCAUCGCGACGUUUCCGGGACUCAAACUGGGGAUUCUGCUCGGCGUCGACAUCAAGAAAAAAACCCUCAAUCGAUAUCUGAUGCAAAAGAUCCAAAUGCUGCCCAGUCCGGACUGGAGCAUGCGGGCAACCAGGCUGAGAUGACAACCCAUCAUACCCAUGGUAGAGCGGACGCAAAAUAUGAGCUUUACCAGACUGAAGACAAAACAUCAAGACCACGAGGAAACAUCGUUAGUCGCCGUCUGAACUCCACCAUGGGGCGCGAACUGAUCAGUCGUCCUUUUGCUGAUGCCGACGCUAUCCUUCCUGUGGCUCAUCAGUUGUCUUCUCAUGUAUCACGCGAUACUUCGGACCUUGAAAACAAUUCUACGGCAUUUCAUUUCAGCCACCGAGGAGGAACCGAUGGCACGACUCGACACCCCCAGGCAACAGGCCGAGCCAUGGAGACCACAUCGCCAGCGAAAAUUUCACGACCCUCUGAUUGCAAUACGGUCAAGAGAUCCAGCCGCGAACAUCGGCAACAUGCGUCUGUGCACAACAAGCGUCACCUCGAACCUGCCGAGACUCGAUCGCGUACCCCGGUUGGCGAUCUCGAGAUGCCCCAGACACGCACUCCAACUACCGGCCACAACCAGCGCCGAGAUUCCCCUCGAGAGCAACCGACCCGACCACUCAGUCAUGAAGAACAAAGAGAUCCGAUACCUCGAGGCACAAUUUCGCGGCAAUCAAACAUCUCACGACAUAAACGCUCUCGUCAUCAUCAAGAACGACAGAACCAAUCAUCUCGAGGGGAACUUCCCUUCAAGAAUCGAGCUGGCCACCAACCCGGGCAGACGACCUACGGGCAGAGUCACGUCCAAAAAAGUCACUUUGAUGUACUCAAAAGCAUAAUGACCCAUCACAACAUGUUCCUCGAGGAUGCGAAGUUGACGGAAGCGAACCUAAAAUGCGAGAUUGCGGGCCAGGAACAGCACAUCGAAGCAUUGGGUGCACGCCUGGAAAGCUCCCACCUGCAAUGCCAACAAGAACAAGAUCGUCGGCAAGCCCUUGAAUCCGAAUUGGGGUUUCUUCAGCAGCAAAAAGACAAACUCGCUGCCAUUGCAGCCAAGAGCAGCGACCGAACGCAAGAGCUGGAAAAUGAGGUCUCCAGACUCCAAGCUCAGUCAGAGCAGGACAACAUAGCUACGAUCAGACUAGAGAACGAGCUUGCAGAGACAAAAUCUAAGCUCUCUAAGCUACAAGAGAAAAGCCGCGGGUACAAGGAUUAUCUCAACAAGGCCGUCAUAGAGCAACAGAAGCUCUGGCAGCAAUCCAAAGAUAUCAGCCAGAAGGCUAUCGACGAUAUGAGAAAGGAAAAUCAGGAAUCUGAAGAGAAGUUGCGGCUGGCAUUGAAGAAGAACCAAGAAGUUCAAGACGAUCUAGAUCAAAAAUUCAAUAACAAAAGAGCAGCUCUUCACCAAGAAUUGAAUGCUGCUGUCACCAGCAUCAGAAGCUUGGAGUCAGCCAUGGAAAGGCUCGAAGGCGACUUGAACGCCGAGUCAAUCAGAACCAGGGACUGCGAGGACCAGCUACGCGAGAGCAGACAUCAAGAAAUGUUAUUGAUGCGGGUCGAGGAGAGCAUUGAGCGAAUCUCCGAUAAGAUGGACAGAUUGAACGUCUUCCCAGAGCAUUCCAACACUGUGCCAACCAGUAUUACGGAAAGGUUGGAAGUGAUUGCGGGAUAUGUACAAUCGGCGCCACGAGCGGAUGUUGGGGACGAGAUCCGCCAGGCCUUGAAGACCUUUCAGGGAGAGAUGAUGUCACAGUUUCUUCAAGAGGUAAAGGGCAUGAUGGCUCGACAGUCUACCAUUGAAGACAAGCUUCAGAGUCUUGAGAACAGCAUUCAACACCAGUCAACUUCAGACCAGACAGAUCGCCGAGAACAGGAGAAACCACUGGAGCAACACUCCCAUAAGAGAGAGAAAAACAAGGGUUUCCAUCAGCUUCUCCAGUCCAAGGAAGCCCAGGUAGUGGAAAUGACUACCACAGUUGCCGAGCUGACUCGGGAGCUUCAAGACAUCGGUGCAUAUACGGAACUUGCCUCCAAGAAUGCAAUGACCUCGGAGGCAGCAUUGCAGAUCCUUCAGGUACGCUCGUCCAACCGAGAGCAUCAAAUCUUGGAGACUCAAGCCCCGUUCCAGAUUCAGCGAGAAGAUCGCGAGACGACGCUUGCAGAGCCCCGUGAGCGGCUUCGACAUGCCGAAGAAUAUGUUAGCCAGAGGAGCGAGCUAGUCAAGGACUCUCAUAGCAAGAUGGCCACCGCGAAAGAUGAGUUCGCCGCCAUGGCACAAGAGAAACAGUGCGAGUUGGAACUUCAGCUAAGACACUCGGAAGACUCUUGCCGGAUUCUCCAACAGCAGUUAUCCGAGAGCGAGGCGGAGAUUAAACGCUUGAAGGCGUUGGAAGACGGGUCUGGCGAAUUGAGGCUCCAAAAAGAGCUCGAUAACGCCCAACAAAGAAUCACCAACCUUACUCUCAAGCUCCGCGAAACCCAAACACCGGCUGUCGACGCUGAGGUUCUUGAUCAGCUAGCCGACCAACUUGCCCAACUGCACAGAAUGAAAGAUGAGAUCAAGCAGCUCAAGACAAGCGGCAAGACCUACACAAUGGUCAGCAGGGAGCUUGUAGCAAUGCUACAUGGACAAGAUGCUGUGGAAAGCGAUACCAUAUUGGCCCCAGACAGUCUAGUAGUGCCAGAGAUGGAUCUUCCAGAGCUACCACAUAACGCUUCUAACGAUCCACUGAAAACCCCCGUCUUCAGCUCCUCUGAACCCCCACCAGUCCAGAGUGGCAAGCGGACGGUAUUCCGUAGUCCUGUCGAAGAGCCAGAUUACGAUGCGCCCGCACCUUCAGUCGCGCAGGAGAAGUUUCAACGGAAGGAAGCAACAAGUCAGGGACCCCAACCCAAGCCAAUCCUUCGCCAGAAGAGAAUGGCUCUGGGGUCAUCAAACACCCCUAGAAUGCCACUGGUCACUCGGCACGCCGGGCACUCUUCUUAUAACAGGCCUGUUCAAGGCGCUUCCAGAACUAGCGAAGCUGCCAUAUCGGAUGUCAGAUCGAAUCUUGUAGGUAACCGUCAAGCCCAAGUCUCCGAAUUGACGGGCCACGAUGAUUGGCAGAGGAUGACUGCGCAGGGAAGCCAAGACGGUCAACAAGGGGCCAAGAGAAGCCGAAGCGUCUCUAUUUCGCUGUCGUUUCGACGCCAGAAACGAUCGAAGCCCAGCUUCCCGGUAGGUGAAGAUGCCGAGGCUUCAGCAGCUGGAGGAAGUAGUGGCCUGAAUUCUCCAAAAGUUGAGUUGUCGCAACAAAGCGAUGGAGGCAGCACUCAGGCUUCCCAAGAACAGCCGCAGGAUAAAGACCACACCUCACGUCAUUUCCACCCAAGUAUGUCCAAGUCAGAUGCUGACCACCAGGAAAACGUAAGGGGCGAAAGAGUCUCGCAGCAGAAGCAGCAGCAAACUGAGGUCAAGGAAGGAGAAGAGCUUGUCCGCUAA